GGGCCAAGGGAUGCCCUGGGCACCGGCCGGGCUCCGUCCUGUUGCCCACCAGCCUCCCCCCAGGCCGGCCACAAAGUUGCCCAUCGCGGCCCCUGAGGCGGCUCCAGGGGCUGUCUUUAUAAGGAUAAGCCAACUGAAGUCGAGAGUGCAACUCCAAUCUUGCCAUUGUGGACCAAUUCAGGUCUGGGAAACAUGAGUAGAAGAAACCUGCCAUUCAUUAUACCUCGUAAAACCAACCUCACUGAUAAUAUUGCAGUUCAUGUGAAAAAUGGUCUGAGCAAUUCCAAAUAUAGACCAGUGGACUACCAGCAAUUAUAUGCAGUUACUGAAGCCAAAAAACUAGCAUCUGCUGCUAUUCAGUUAAAGAUUGAAAAAACAGAAAAGAUUUCCAAAAUGACAAAAGAGCAAAUGCUGAUUAAACAACAUAAGCAGGUGUGGUGGCAUGAGCACAGAAAACUGAAGGAAAUCAGACAUAAACUGGAAUCUGAAAUCCAAACUUUUCUUGAUGAGGGGAGCCCUGAAUGUGAGUGCCUUUUGGACCUGAAGAAUUUUGAAUUGAACUUAUCUGAAGAAUUGGACACAUAUAUAAAAAAUACAAUCAAUCCAAUCUGGUCAUUGAGGGAGGAUUUGAAAUACAGGCUAUCUGAACUACAGUCCUGCCCAGAAAAUGACUUUAAUCCCAUCAAGGUGGUUGAACAGAUAGAAUUUAUGAAGAAGCAACAAAAGGCUAUUCUUGAAAGACUUACCCUUGAAAGACAGACAUUAGAAGAAGAACUUGCAGACUAUGGAAUGAAAGUAUUUGCUCAUUCUUCAGAGGGAAAAAACAUCCUCUUUCAUGAAUUCCCUAAAGAGUUAGAGGGCUUGGAGUGCCCAUACCCAGAUUUGAAAUCUUCUAUCCUUAAGGAGUUCUGCAAAUUUACUGAAGAAUAUUGGUCCAAACUGCAAGAGAUAGAUCGACAUCUAAAAGUCAUAGACAGGAACUUCGACUGGAGUGAAGAAGACCACUGGAUUUUCCAGACAGUUAUAGAUCAGUACCCAAAAGACCUCCAGGGGAGAAGGACUUUGUAUUUGGAUAUGUUACAGAGGCAUUUCCCUCACAAAUCUAGACAUGACCUGGUUACUCAUGAAAAGUACUGGGGCCAAUAUCUUUUUACCAGAGAUCAGCAAAGGGUUUUGAUGUUAAAUUGGGCUAAGGAUAGAAGAGCCUUUAUACAGAAGGCAGUAGUGACCAUUGCUGAAGCCUGCACUGCUUAUGAAAUGGAGAAUACUUUGGCUGAGGACCGAAGAAAGAAGCAGGAAAUGUGUGCUGAUCUCAAAGCCAAGGUUCUUCAGUGGCGAGCUCACCAAGAAGAAGCUGCCAGACUGGAAUUUGCACUUGUGAUCAGAAGAAAGGAGAAGGAAGACAAGGAAGAGAAGUUACGCAAAGAAAAGGAAAUGCUUCACAGAACCGAGAAAAAACAAAAGAUAAGGAAGUACUGGGCUAAAAAAGAAGAGAAGUGGCGAGAGAUGGAAAAGAAAGCACUGCAGCGUUUGGAGCAACUAAGGAAACUGAUGGCUGAGCAGGCAGUUAGAGACCAUGAAAGGGUUAAAUUCAGGCAAGAGCUACUAGAAAAACGUUUGAUGGAGAAAAGAGAAGCUGCCCUUCAGGAAGCACAUGAAGAAGAAGAGAGAGAGGAGCGGCUCAAAGCCCUUAGACAACAGGUUGCCAUUGUAGCAGAGUUUGAUCCUGUUAGAAUGAUGGCUGACACAAUAGCAUCCAAAGCCAGGAUGGGUAUUGGAAUUAAAGAAGAAUUUAUUCUUCAAAGGCCACUUUUUACGCUCAACACAUUCAAUGAAAAACAGAUAAUUUCGGACCCCAGAAUUCGUAUUGAGCUAGCACUUCGAGAAGCUGGGCUUCAUAAAACAGUUUAUGCAAGAGAAAUCUUGCCAAAAAUUAAUCCUCCAAGACUGCCAAGAAGGGACUUGGAGUCUACAGUUUUUAAAUUGUAGCCUUCAUGUCAGAUGCCUUGAUAAUAAAUAUGACCCUGUUUGGAUCCUGAGUACAGUAUAAUAGAAUAACCAUUUUCACUAAGUUCUUGUUCUGCUUCAUGUGUUAACAUUAUUUUGAAAGUCAUCACUUUAUUGUUAUCAACAAUCAAUUUAAUAAAGGCAAAUUUAUAU